UGUCAAUUUCUUUCCUGUCACUGUCAUAUCAAAGCUACAAUUGCUGGCUCAUGCUUAUCAUUAUUCACUGUAUGUGUGGUUUACUGCUUUUGUAAUUGUUGUAUAUGUGAAUCAAAGUAAUUUAUCUUUAUACAACUCCUUGGACCAACACCAUAAACAAUGGCGUCUGUUCUGAUCCCUGAGGUACCAGCACCCGGCUUCUCUUUUGAGAAUUGUCAACGCAAUGCCUUCCUUGCUCAAAAAGGAUUUCCUGCACCGAAGGCAACAAAAACCGGUACAACGAUAGUAGGCAUUAUUUAUGCGGACGGAGUAAUCCUUGGAGCCGAUACUAGAGCAACGGAGAACACUGUUGUUUCUGAUAAAAAUUGUCAAAAGAUCCAUUAUUUGGCCUCUAACAUGUAUUGCUGUGGAGCUGGUACUGCCGCCGAUACUGAGAUGACCACUCAGACAGUGGCUUCUCAAUUAGAAUUACAGCGUCUUCACACAGGCCGUACCGUACCUGUCGAAACCGCAUCGACUCUUUUAAAGCGUAUGCUGUUCCGCUAUCAAGGCUAUAUUGGGGCUGCUCUUGUGCUCGGUGGUGUUGACCGCACAGGACCUCAUAUUUACUGUAUCUACCCACAUGGAUCUGUUGAUAAACUGCCUUAUGCUACUAUGGGCUCUGGCUCUUUAGCUGCUAUGGCAGUGUUUGAAUCUGGAUGGAAGCCGAACUUGUCUGAGGAAGAGGGUAAGAAGCUGGUGAGAGAUGCAAUUGCUGCCGGUAUCUUCAAUGACUUGGGUUCAGGAUCUAAUGUGGAUUUGUGUGUUAUUCGCAACUCUGGUCCAGCCCAAUACUUGAGGACAUAUGAAGAAGCUAAUAUCAAGGGUAAGAAGCAAGGAUCUUAUAGGUACCCUAUUGGCACUACUGCAGUGUUGAAGCAGCGUGUGAUUCCUUUAGAAGUUGAGUCUGUUUCUGUGCACCCUGUGCAACCUAUGGAUGUGGAACCUUCUCACAGCCGCCGUUAAUAACAAACUUCAAUUAAUAAAUUUUUUG